UAUUCUAUGCGAUAUUUUCGUGGGCGUUCGCGAUCAGAAGAAACCUUAUCAUGAGUUACGAAUAGACGAAUCAAGACGGCAAGCGGACAAAGGCUCACUCGACAUCCUGCAGUGGUCUGCGGUUGAACAACUGACUCGUGACAUCAGUGUAUCGUUGCUCUCUUGCAUGCCUUGUUUUAUCAACAGAUCUGUGUAACACUGCUCAGAUAUUCUGUUACAUGUACAAGAGCCUGAUUUAGCAGCAUUUGAUUUAAGUUGAGGAGUGACAGGCAAAUCAUCUGUGUGAUGCGUGGAUAGAAUCUUCCAUCGCGGCGCAGUUCGAGAAUUUUGCAUCGUCCAGUGUGGCCAAAUUUCAGUUUGUUUACACUCUCUACAUAAGUUACAUGCGCGAUCGACCGAGGUUUAUCGCAUCCUUGAUGACAAAGUGACGGCUUAGCCGCACAGAGCGGGGAAAUUUUCAGCUUUUACCAUAAUGUGUGGCCAGUCAGGAUUGAAUUGACCUCGAAGUAUGGCUAAACAAUGACUUUAUCGUUCACCCAGGUGGAACAGUGGCUCGAUGACCAUCCAGAACACGCUGAGGAAUAUUUUGUGCGUAAAGGUACCGCGCGAAUGGUUCAACUAUGGAAUGAAGCGAGGGAAGAGUGUGCUGAUGUCUUCGACACAAAUGUUGAACUUAUUGAGAACUGCGGUAGAAGAACAAUCGGAGAAAAAAACUUUCGUUUCAACGAUACUGUGGAUAUUAUAAAUGCGAGCGAGGAAGGGGAAAGUGAAGCGGGUCAGCCAACAGCUCGGUCAUUACCUAUAACUCGCAGGUACUCUGAACCGCAGCGUCAGGGGAAUCCGAAGCGGCAACUUGGUUUGGGUUAUGGAGGCAAGCAGUUUUUUACUAAACCAGUAUCUUCCAGUGUUGUUGAUUCUCUAGAUCUGAGUACUUGUGAAAUUCGGGAGGAAAAAACAAGACGAGUGAGAAGUCCCCCUUCACGACUGCUUCGGAAAACGAAAUCGCUGCCGAAUUGUGGACAACAGCAUGUAUUGGGGGCACUAAUUGAGUCAAAAAUUCGUCUACCAUCUUCAAUCGGCCUGAACGCCGAGACAAAGCUAGAUUUAAAGAAUAACAAUGAAAGGCAAUUCUUCUUUGAGAUUGUACGGGACAUAGCGAACGAUCUGGACCUAACGACUCUUAGUUAUAAAAUAUUAGUCAAUGUUGGGAUUCUAACAAAUGCUGAUCGGUGCUCAUUGUUUCUCGUGGAAGGACCUAAAGGUAAACAGUCACUGGUUUCAAAGGUUUUUGAUGUGCAAGUUGGAGGGCCGAACUCGACUUCUAUUAAGGAUUUCAUAGACCAGCAGAAGGAAAUUCGAGUGCCUUGGGGCAAAGGACUGGUGGGAUACGCGGCUGAAACUGGAGAGACAGUUAACAUCCCCGAUGCGUAUGCGGAUCCUCGCUUCAACAAGGAGGUUGAUCGCCAGACAGGUUAUCAUACCAAGAGCUUGCUAUGUAAGCCAGUGAAGAACAAUGAAGGGGAGGUGGUGGGUGUGGCUCAGAUAAUCAACAAAAUGCCUGGACCUGUACCAUUUACACAAGAAGAUGAAGAGGUCUGUGAAAUGUAUCUGACUUUCUGUGGAAUCGGAAUCACCAAUGCAAAGCUGUUUGAGCUAUCAGCAAAGGAAUUCAACAGAAAUAGGGCAUUGCUGGAGCUUGUUCAUGACAUCUUUGAAGAACAGACCUCUCUGGACAAGGUAGUACAUAAGAUUAUGAGACGCGCAUUGUCAAUGCUGAAAUGUGAACGAUGUUCAGUUCUUCUGUUGAUGCAUCCAGUCCUUGGCAACAGUCUGGCAGAGGAAAGAUCACAGGAUUUACGAAUUACUAAAGUAUUCAAUCUGCGAGUGUCAGGAGGUCGUAACAGUAAUAGCACAAUUUAUAGUGAAGGAAGAGAUGAUGGUUCUUUUAGUACUAGAAUAGCCAAACUUGUUGCAUCCACUGGAAAGACUCUUAAUGUUCCUGAUGCUGCACAAGAUCAGAGGUUGAAGAGAAUUAUUGCAAUGAGCUCUGACAAUGGUGUUGAUGCUCGUCGCCCAAUAUUGUGUAUGCCAAUUAGAAACAACAAGUUUGAAAUUAUUGGUGUUGCUCAGUUAAUCAGCAAACUGAACAACAAACCAUUUGAUGAGAGCGAUGAAACCUUAUUUGAGGCAUUUGCCAUUUUUUGUGGCCUUGGGAUUCACAACACCAUGAUUUAUGACCAAAUGGCAAAGGCAAAAGCCAAGCAACAAGUAGCAAUUGAGGUUCUUUCUUACCAUGCUGCUGCUAAAAGAGGUGAACUUGAGAGAUUGAAGAACACAACAGUGUCAAAAGCUGAAGAAUUCAAAGUAGACAGUUUUCAGUUUGAUGACUUUUCGCUGGAGCCUGAUCAGAUGCUUCAAGCCUCACUCAGGAUGUUCAUUGAUUGUGGCUUCAUUGAUGAAUUUCACAUAGACUAUGAGAUUUUAUGUAGGUGGUUGUUGACAGUUCGGAAGAAUUACAGAAAUGUGAUUUACCACAACUGGAGACACGCCUUCAAUGUAGCUCAGUCAAUGUUUUGUAUGCUCACGACUGGAGGUAUGAAUAAGUUUAUGAGCAAUCUGGAAUGUCUUGGAUUGAUUGUUGGGUGUCUGUGUCAUGACCUGGACCACAGGGGAACCAACAACGCCUUUCAGACUAAAACUGACUCGCCGUUAGCCAAGCUUUACACCACAUCUACUUUAGAGCAUCAUCACUUCAACCAUGCUGUGAUUAUUCUUAGCACAGAGGGUCACAACAUUUUCCAGAAACUAAACGCAGACGAAUACAGACAAGUUAUAAGUUAUAUAAAGCACUCGAUCCUGUCGACGGAUUUAGCCGUCAAUUUCAGGCAGCGGUCAAUUCUCUUUCCUCUGGUUGAAAGAGGAGAACUUGAUCCCACAAUCCCGGAUCACCGAGACAUGCUUAAUUUUUACAAGUACGUAGUCCAUCUUGUGACAAGCGAGUUCUUUCAACAAGGAGAUCUUGAGCGAAGCACACUCAAGAUGGAACCGUCGGCCCUCAUGGACAGGCAAAAGGUCGACGAACUACCUGCACUCCAGGUGCAGUUCUUCGAAACGACAGGAAUUCCCGUCUUCAAGUGCUUGGCUACAUUCAACCCAAAGAUUCGACCUCUCCUUGAUGGCGCAGAAUCCAACAAGAACCGCUGGUGUGAGUUAGAGAAAGAACGGCAGGCGCGGCAGAAGGAGGAAGAAGAGAACAAACACCAACCAAUAACGUGACACUGCUGGCGUACUUCCUUCUUCUAUUCAUCGUAUUCGUUACCGUACCGGCAAAUGGUCGGAAUCAAUCGGAACUCAAUCGGAAUUCAAUCGGAAUUCAAUCGGCUCAUCUUUAAAAGCUGUCAAUUGCUUCAAGGUGUCGUGGGGAAUUCGCCACUGAUUGGUCCAGUGGCCUCGUACAGCCAUUUUUUCUUUUGCAAGAUGUCUGAUUUUAAGUCCUUCUCGAUAUCAAGUCACUCCGAAGACUUGGUAACCUCAAGGAAUUAUUAUUAUUGUUAUUAUUAUUAAAACAUAGGAAGGAACCCUAUUUUGUAUUUAUCGUUAGGGAUGGGAAUGAAUAGUCUCAAAAUCGCAGUAUUGUAUUUUUUCUACGAAGAUUCUUUAUCCAUUAAGCAAAUGAUUAGUUAGGUAAUAGGGAAACAUUUUUAAUUAUCUCUGCCAAGCUUGAACGACACGCCUCAAUACUCCAACUGCGAUGAACUGAAUAACAAGCGUAUCGCGAGAUGAAGGUAAAACUCUCGAUUUGAUAAUCUUGAGCUCGUUGUCUGAAUUCUCGUAGCUGUCUAUGUAGUUAAAAAGGUUAUUUCAUUUUCACUGAGCUGUCAGGUGUUAAUAAGUCUCGUGCCCAGACCUUCCACGAGUAAGCAUUUCAGUUACGGUUACAAGGUUGGAUCUGGGUACGAGAUAAAUCAGGUGUAUCUACUAUUAAGUGAGUGUUAAGGUUGUUGGGGCCCAUUUUUAUGGUCUCGGGUACCCGAGACAACUUUCCCUCGAGUUAUCCUGGCUGGGCUAACUUUCCGCUUACUUCUUUGAAAAAUUUAACCAAUCAUUUACAUGAAAAAAUUGUGAAGUCGUCUCGGGAGGCGAGACACCCUUUUCUUAUAUAAAUACUUCGGCGCUCUUACCUGAGAAGAGUCGGCAUACAAUUUUAGAGAGACUUUUAAGGGAACAGCUGUCACAACUCAAAACUUCAUAUAAACGCUCCGUUAAGUUGUCUCGAAGGAGGGUUGUCUCGGGUAAGAGAGACCAUAUAGAGCCUAAGAGAGGGUAACUUCUCGAUCUUUAGGGAAAGCGAGUGUUGAUAUUUUUGAGACGUUAACGGAUACCGGAAGACUACUGGAUUUUUUCUUUUUUGACACUUCACUUCCGGUUGCGCAAGCUUCUCGAGAACGUCUUUGC